CUCAGGGCGGGAGCUAGUCGAAUGAGAGGCACAAGUAGAGGAGCUAACUUACGUAAAUCUUUCCCAAGAGUUAUACAAUUUCUCCCAGAGACAUGGCCCAGAACAUUGAGGAGGAUUUACCGCUCAGCCUUGCGUGUUUAAAAACUGUUGAUAACCUGCUACGUUGUCCAAUUUGCUAUGAUUUUCUCAACAUCACAAUGAUGACUAAGUGCUCCCACAAUUUUUGCUCUUUGUGCAUCAGAAAAUUUUUGUCCUACAAGCUGCUUUGUCCAGUUUGCAACUCGCAAAUGACAGAACAGGACUUACAAAACAACCGCCUGUUAGAUGACUUGGUCGUUAACUUUCAAGCUGCAAGGGAGCAGUUACUAAAAGCUAACUUUGAAUCCCCUCCAAUAUCGCCAAAGACCCCAGCUUCCGCAAUCAAAUGCAAAACUCCCAGGGAGAACAGCCAGAGGUCCGGCAGUUCCAUUUUAAGUCACUUUUUCCAAAAGAAGACCAGAACACCUCCCGGUAAAGAAACUCAUCAGGAUGUUCACCAGGGAGAAGUGCAGAGAACACCGAGCUGUAGAGCAAAGGGCUCUGACCUACAUUCUGAAAAAGCUCAAAUGUCAGCGGUGGUAAAGGAAGAACCGGUGGAUGUGGAGGAACCGUCUGUCAAGGUUCUGAUGUCCCUGAAACAGGAGGUCACGCCUUGUCUGACUACUGGGUUUGAGAUGGCACAUUCCUCAUCACCAUCAAAAGAUGUAAAGCCUGUAAUAAAAGUUGAGUGUCCUGUGUGCUCUGUUAGUGUGACACAGCACUUUAUCAACAAACAUCUGGACACGUGUCUUUCCAGCGGGGAAAAGAAGGAAAGCCUGAGGAGCUCUCAAGGCACAACCGUGCGUCCGAUGGCAAAGCUAGUGUACAAUCUCCUUUCAGUGCAGGAUCUGAAGAGGAGGUUGAAGGACUGCCAUCUGUCAAUGCAGGGAACUCGGGACCAGCUGAUCAAAAGACACAAAGAGUUUGUCUACUUGUACAACUCGCAGUGUGACUCCCUGAAGCCUAAAUCAGUUGAAGAGAUUGCUAGAGAGGUGGAGGCCAAUGAGAAGAUGAGAAGUCAGAUGCAGGAGAAGACUAAACCUGUCAUGGUUUUCACAAAGAAUCAGUCUGAGGAAGAGAUUGAGGAGAUGCAUUCAAAUUAUAGAAAGCAGCACAGUGGUGACUUCUUCCGGCUAAUUGCACAGGUCCGAGGCCGACUGCAGAGCACCAGGCAAGCCCAUAUGAAGCAGGAAGUGAAGGUGGACAAAGAGACCCAAGCUUCACAUUCUUCUGUUCAUGUUGGAGAAAUAAACCGUUCUGUAGUGAUAAAGGUUGAAGAUGAAGAAAAUGAUGAAGAUUCGUUUGCAAGUGGAAUGGAGUUGCCAUCCAGCCCCAGCUUUAGUGACGUGUCCAUCAGCAGUUCUAUUUCAGACAUUUUCGGUCCAGAAUCUUCCAUAAACAAUGAAGACACAGAGACGUCUUCAGCAAAGAAGCGACCUUCGAACUCCAGAGGCACAGACACAGAAAUGUCACUCCAUACGGGAAAACGACAGCGUAAAACAUGAAGGGUCGGGCCAAGAUGCAGUGUUAGUGAAAUUCUCAUUCAUUUGAAAGGAUUAGCACAUUUCAAAGAUUUAAUGUUAUAAUUUACUUUGUAAUUACUUUGAAAUAAAUUCUAUCGCAUUUUAUCAUAUUUUGUUAUCAUGUAUUCAGUAUUGAGGUAAUACUUGUAUUUCACUGUUUAUUCAAAACGAGAACUGUGGAAACAGAACUUGAAGUGGAAGUACGUUUUACGUGCUGCGGGUUUAGUUUGUUGUUUCAAAUCGACUUCGCACUGGUUAAAGAUUAGACUUUUAAGAUGUUUCUGCUCCCAACUGUUUUUCCUCUGAAAAAAAAAUUCUGGUGAAGUUUUUUUCCACUGAAGUUGUCUUUUUCUUCUCCCAUUUAAUCCAUAGUUUAUACCACUGUAAAUUGCAGCCUAAACCCAAAUAAAACUGAAGGAACACUAAG